AAUCGUAAAUAUUGAUCAUCAGUUAGAAAAAGUCUCUGAACGACCUGCUGAUGAACCUCAGAGAACUCUGCAGGUGACCCGCUCAGACAUUUACUCCUCCACUGAAGCAGAUUUAAGACCAAAGUUACUUUAUUCUCUUAAAUAAUGAUUUUAUUACCACUUUAAUCUUUUUUUUAAACUCCGUCGUAGUUUUUUUCCCACAGACACAAAAAUCUUGUUUCUGUUCAUUUUAUUCUGAAAUUCUUAAACCAGAGAAACUGGAUCAGCGGUGAAGACGGAGCGAAGAACGGCCAUGUUUGACGGUCUCUGUCAGGUGACUGUGGGCUGUAAACACCGAGGGUCUCCUCCCACUCUCUGUGGGUUUAAACUCGCCGUCGUGGAAAGUUCCUGAGAGCAGCGCCUGAAUUAAAGAACCUUCAGUGAUUUUUCUGGCCUCCUCAUCAGUUCGGCUCCUUCUUUGGUUUGGAGUAAGAUGGUUAUCGUGUUUCAUCAUCAGGAUGAUUUUUACUAAAAUAAGACAAAAGAAAAAAGACUUCACAGCGAGUGAGGACACGCUGCUUCUGUCUGAGGAAUCAGCUGUUCUGCUCUGGACUGAAGGUUCUGAUCCGGCUCUCACUUUGAUUCUGGAUCGGCUCAAACGUCUGAAAACCAUCAAAUGUUUUUAUUUCCUCUCGUGUUUCUGAGCGUGAAGAACGCGGCGAAACUCAUUUUCUGUGUCAUGAGGCUGAAAGACGGCGGCGGCGGCGCGCUGAUAAAGAGAAGUGUGUGUGUGAUUGUGUGUGUGAGUGUGUGUUAUUGUGUGUGAGUGUGCGUGCCGCCGGCUAGAACACAAAGUCACUUCAUCAAAGUUCCAAACAGAGUCAGAGAGUCUGAGACCAAGAACCUGAUUCACUCCAGUCUGGACCACAGUCAGCUGUGUGUGUGUGUGUGUGUGUGUGUGUGAGAGUGUGUGUUUGUGUCGUCAGUGUGACCUCAUAUAUGUGUGUGUUUGUGUGUUUCCUCUCAGGUGUUUGUGUGUCUGUGGAAAGGCUGUAAAGUUUACAACACACCGUCCACCAGUCAGAGCUGGCUGCAGAGACACAUGCUGACACACAGCGGGGACAAGCCUUUCAAGGUGAGAGCGCACGCACACACACACACACACAGGUCGUCACUCUCUGAUUGGUCGCAGCGUCUCCUCUCUCGUUCUCGCCGCUCCUCCGGUGAUCGGUGUUUGUAACAAUACUGAACAGAAUCAAUAACUCCUCCCUCAGUGUGUGGUCGGGGGCUGCAACGCCACGUUCGCCUCCCAGGGGGGGCUCGCCAGACACGUCCCCACCCACUUCAGCUCCCAGAGUUCAUCCAAAGUGUCCAAUCAGGGCAAAGUGAAGGAGGAGUCUCCGUCGAAGGCCGGUCUGAUGAAGAGGAGGAAACUCAAGAACAAACACAAGCGCUCUCUGCGUACGUCACACGCACACUUUUACACGCACACACACACACACACACAUGUUCACGUUUCACCAUAAAGACCGUUUUUCAUUUCCAGCUCGACCUCACGACUUCUUCGACGCUCAGACCAUGGACGCCAUCCGCCAUCGAGCCAUCUGCCUCAACCUGGCGACGCACAUCGAGAGCCUGGGGAACGGACACAGUGUGGUCUUCCACAGCACGGUGCGCUUACGCACACACACACACACACACACACACACGCACACACACACACACACACACACACGCACACACACACACAUGCACACACACACACACACACACACACACACGCACACACACACACACACACACUCUCAUCACUCUACUUACAGCGGCAUAUGAACUUCAGCACUGGCUAAUGUGUGUGUGCGUGUGUGUGUGUGUGCGUGUGUGUGCGUGUGUGUGUGUGUGUGUGUGUGUGUGUGCGUGUGUAUGUGUGUGUGUGUGUGUGUGUGUGUGUGCGCAUGUGUGUGUGCAUGUGUGUGUGUGUGUGUGUGUGUGUGUGUGUGUGUGUGUGUGUGUGUGUGUGUGUGUGUGUGUGUGUUUCAGGUCAUAGCGAGGAGGAAAGAGGACUCUGGGAAAGUGAAGGUCUUGUUGCACUGGACUCCUGAGGACAUGUAAGUCCUCUCCUGUCCUCCUGCUGGUCCUCCUCUUGUCCUCUCCUAGUCCAGGUCUCGGUGGAUUAAGUGCCGAGUUGACAGGUGGCGUUUGUCCCUCCCUGCUCUCUCUUCUGAUUGGCUCUCUCCCCUUUUCUUUGUUGGUGUCAGACUGCCGGACGUUUGGGUGAACGAGAGCGACAGACUGCAGCAGAAGACCAAAGUGGUUCAUCUGUCCAAGCUGCCCACAGACACAGCUGUGCUGCUGGACCCCAACAUCUACAGGUGUGUGUGUGUGUGUGUGUACACGUGUGUGUGUGUGUGUGUGUGUGUGUACACGUGUGUGUGUGUCUCAGGUGCUGUUUGAGAUCUCCACCUGACUCGUCUGUUUCCACCCUCAGGAUGUUCCUCUGACCUCCUCCACAGUCAUUCCUGCGUCUUCACCUCCACUCCCUCCUCCCGCCCCCCCCAGAGGAUGCUGGGAGUUUAGUGGCGUCCUGGUGUCCUCCUGAGUCGUCUCCUUUAGGUGCUGAGUUUACUGAGGACGUGUUGCUUGUUUUAGGAAACACAACUAGACUGAGACUAACUGACAGAGUAGACGGUUAGAAGUUAGAAGAAGCUGUCUUUGUAAAUAACGGAGAUUUGUAAUAUAUUUUUAUACUUUGAUAUUUUUUACUCUUCUGUAGAUAGACGACUUUUUCAGCCAAACCUUUUUGAAAUAGAUUUUUUAAGACUUGAUGAUAUGGAUGAUGUGCUUAUAGCUGGCAUUGCUCUGGUUUGAUGUCAUUAAAGUGUUGAACCUGCUCUCUGUCUGACCCCGUGUCUGUGACGCCGACUCACUUUUCUCCUCUGCAGA